AUGUCUGUCAAUACGAUGCUGCGCUUGGGCGGAGAGAAUCUGCUCAUGUAUUCAAUGCCCAUAGGAGUGAGUACCCGCCGUCUGGCCGUUACGUGCCCAAGCCCCUCUCCGGUUCCUGCUCGGCAGGCAAUCACGUCUUGGCAUAAUGUAUUACGCGCCGCUGCGAAACUCAAGAAGGGCUCCCCUUUCAUCCAUAGUGUGCGCAUCGCUUCCUCCAGCAGAACCGGAUCCGUGUCCUGGACAGCAUUCCCGACCGCAGUCUGUACAGCUCCCGUUCACGCCAUGCGGUGCCGUGCCGUGCUCCGCGGUGGGGCGCACCGUGACAGCUCGGGGCGCCGGUCAUGUGGGGCCGGCGUCGGCGGUGACAGGCGUCGAUGA